AUGGUUUUCCUGAACCCCUUCAGAAAAUACGACCUAGAGGACUUCGCUGGUGUCGUCGUCCCACUCAAAGAUGCGCCUCGCCAUCCAAGCGUUAUCGCUGAGAACCAACGUCGAUUGUCACGGGCCUCAACAGUCGGACAAGGUGAAGGUCUGGCGGAGAAGAAAGCCGAAAUCACUGACGGCGACACCAGUGGUGAUCUGACGAUCGCGUCGCUUCGUGCAGAAGUUGAAGCGACCAUCGCGGCUUCCGGACACGAUUCCACUUACGAUCGAAAGUCCACGAUCAUCAAUAAGGCCAUUACCGAUAUCGGAAUGGGCACAUAUCAAUGGCAGCUGUUUGUGCUCUGCGGCUUUGGCUGGCUGGCCGACAAUCUCUGGCUGCAGGAUGUGGCGCUGACUUUGCCUUCAUUGUCCGCCGAGUAUGGUGUUAGCGAAAGUGAAGUGAGGUAUACUACGCUGGCACUUUUUACGGGCCUCUGCAUUGGUGCCGUUUUCUGGGGGUUCGUCUGUCGGUUCUUCCUGUUCCAUCUAUUCGAAUCACCAAAGUUCCUCCUCAGCAAAGGUCGCCAGAGAGAAGCAGUAACGGUCGUACACGCUAUUGCACAUUACAACCAUGCAAAGACAUGGCUCACGGAAGAUAUCCUGAAUGAAGUCGGCGGUCAUCCCGAAGAAUCCAGCGACAUGAAAUUGUCCACUGCGGACGUCAUUCGCCGACAAGCCGAGAAGUUCUCCACACAACGAAUCAAACCACUCUUCGAACAACGACGUCUAGCGAUCAAUACAUGCCUACUGUGGUUCAUGUGGGCUGCAAUCGGAAUGGCGUAUCCCUUAUUCAAUGCUUUCCUUCCUCAAUACCUAUCCAGCGUUGAUCCUGAUGCUCCGCCUACGCCCCCAAGUAUCGUCUAUCGAAAUUACGCCAUUCAAGCGAUUGUCGGAUGCCCUGGAAGCAUAAUCGCGUGUUAUCUGGUGGACGUGAAGUACCUGGGUCGAAAGGGAACAAUGGCCAUUGCAACAGUAUUAACUGGCGUUUUCUUAUUCCUCUUCACCAGCUCGACCGAUGCCAGUUUUCAACUUGCCUUCAAUUGUUUGGUAGCAUUCUUCCAGAAUAUCAUGUAUGGCGUUCUCUAUGCCUACACUCCUGAAACAUUCCCAGCGCCCAACCGUGGCACAGGCACGGGCAUCGCAUCCUUCUUCAACCGUGUCGCCGGGCUAUGUGCACCUGUUGUUGCUAUUGGGGCUUCAAGCGCGAAUCCCAAGAUGCCAAUCUAUAUUUCCGGAGCACUGAUGCUGGCCUCUUUCAUAGCCAUGAUAUGUCUACCGAUUGAGACUAGGGGACGGCAAAGCCUGUAA